AUGAAGGGCGGUUUGCGAUAUUUUCACGGGGGCAGGGUAGCGACCAAGAGGACGGCACCAGCCACGGGUGAGCUACUGACUCCAGUCAGCACCACUUACCUCAAGCCCCGGGAGGACGCCAAACCGCUGCUGUCUGAGGGUGGCUCGACUAAGAAAGUGGUCGAAGAAUUACCGACUUCGCAAGUGGACUCGCCUGACGAGGCGUUGGAGCUUCUUCGAAACCAGCCGGACUACGAUUCGCUUAUUCAGGCUCUGAAAUACCUAACUCAAGAUGAGAAGCAGCCAGGCGGUUUCCAUGUCCACGUGCCUGGCCCCAAAAGCGCGGCGAUAAUUCACGUGCUGGUGACUGAGAUUGCUUCGAAUUACUGGACGUUAUUAAAAGAAGGCGGGGAUAACGAUGGCACCGAGGGCUCUCAUAACGACGCACAGCUAUUUAUUAGAUGCUUACAAAGUGUUGCCGGACUGAACGCGGUUCUUACUCACCUCAGAGCUCUCAUUCAGGAGCACAAAUCAGCGAGCAAAGAAUCUAAGCGGCCAGAUCUAGUGCUUCAUAUCACAAUAUUUCUCGAUUUGCUAGCAUCAGCUUUGGACGGUAAUGGUGCUAUCCGGACUUUGUGGGAAGCUUCAGCGGGAGGAUCGAGUUCCGGAAAUUCGAAGAAAGUGCAAUCUCAGGCGCUCCUGUCUUUGCUUACAAGUGGCCGUAUAAUAUCUACAGCUGCUGAAGCGAUUGAGAUUACUGGAUCAGAAAACAUUCGCACCAGCGCAACAUGGAUAACGGAUGGAACCAAAUUUUCGCAAUGGGUAGCAUAUAAUUUGAUAGCCUGGGCUCAACACACAAAAAGCGAAAGCGACUUGCAUUUCUGUUCAGACCUCUUCCAGCGAGGCAUGUCAUUGGGCUAUUCGGAAACUCUUGUGAAGACGGUUAUUGAUGGUCUCCUUCUUAAAAAAGGGAGUGAUCCAGAAAACUUUGCCAAAGUUUGCCUCUCCCAACCCCAUAGCGCCAAAAAAUCUAUCAACACACUGCUACAAUACCUUGCUCAGCACCUCAAUGGGUUAGACUUAGACGAACCGUCUUCAAAAGCAAUCAUCUCUGCCGCUGCUGGCAUCAUCAGCACACUCAUUAAGGGCAAUGAGACUCUUUACAAUCAUCUCGUUGCUUGGUGCACUUCAUCUUCUGGCGCUGGUCUGGGUGAUUCUGUAGGUAUCAGGAGAGCUGUUCUCGCACUCUUGGCUCAAAAUAAAGACGGCAUUACAACCGUAUUCGAAAAGAGCUUAUCUCAGUUUGGAGAUCAGCUAUAUAUCAAGCACGCAGCCAUACUACAACAAAAUGUUCAUACGGAAGUGUUGCUCCUCAGUGCCGGAUAUAUCUCCAGACUAUCUCCUAUCAAACUAAGAAUUAUUGUAAGGUCAGGUUCAUACCUGUCCGCGAUCUCCAAUCGGAUAGCUUCAACUCAAGCCAGAGCCCGUUUUCUGGGCUUAGUUGUUGGAGAAUCCCUCUCAACUCUCAUGGACGAUAAAACACAAAAGCUGGAUUUCCACAUGGACGAAACAGAGACCGAAGAGGCUAAAUGGUUAAAAUCUCUUACCAGUGUUUUCGACGAGGUCGGUUCUAUCGAGCCUAUCCUCAAGACAGAAGCUACAGGACUAUCAGUACGGAAAGAGAAUCGACCACCUCAAAAACGAACCCAAAAGCCCAAGAUCAAACCGAAGCCGAAGUCCGAACCCAGUAUUUCAACUAUUAAGCCCAUAGCUAUAAUAGAAGAGAUCGGUUCUUCAGACGAUAGUGAAGAAGACCUUGUUCCAUAUGCCAAAGCUUCUGAUCCAGAAGAUUCUGAUGACGACGCCACAUUGGUUCAACGCAACAAACCAAAGGCUCCAGUAUACAUCCGCGAUCUAAUCUUAUAUCUUCGCGACACGGAGUCAUACGAUAAACAGAAAUUAGCUCUACAGGGUGCACCUCUCUUAAUUCGAAGAAAGGCGAAUUUUGGUACGGAAGUGAGCUCACAUGCAGAUGAGCUCGCCGGUUUAUUCGUCGGACUCCAAGAUAAAUUCGAUAUUGAAGAAUUCAAUGAUCUAAAACUGCAGGGCAUGAUGGCCUUGAUCGUUGCUCAACCAAAAUCCAUGGCCCCCUGGUUCUCACGGACCUUCUUCGAAGGCGAUUACUCUUUGUCCCAGCGAACGCAAGUGCUUGUUGCCAUCGGACUGUCAGCUAGAGAGCUCGCUGGAUUUGAGACUUCUGAAUAUCAGUCUAGUGCAUCUUUCCCAUCAAGGAGACUACCAGAGAAGAUUGAACAGCUAUACAUAGACUCAACCAAACGAAGCGAGGCCAAUUCUCCAUCCCAGCUAAAGGCGCUGCCUUCCACAGCGCUAGAUACAAUAACGCAAUCCCUCACAUCCUCCUUCUUGGAGCCACUGGCCGCCAAGGCAGCCGACGCAACGACCGGCCCAGAUAUCCUCAAACUCCAAACAUUCACAGCUCGUUACAAAUCCAAAACAAAGGCAAAGCCCCGAGUUCGCUCAAUCCCCAACACCACUGCCGCACUCAUUGCCGACUCCUUCUUCUACCCUCUUACUGCCCACUUCCAGGUGGCCCUUCGAUCCUCCAAGCCCCUCAUUCUAAAUCCCGCCCUAUUGGCACUCUAUCUCCAAACGUUAGGUAUAAUAAUACACGCGGCAGGCCCCUCAACGCUCUCGCUCCCCCAGCUUACGUCCGAACUGUGGAAUCUACUCCUGGCCGUGAGGACCCAUACACAAGAUGACAUGGGCGCUUUGAAGGGCUGGCUCGUAGCCAUGGCAUCGCUGCUGGAGGUCAACGACGGCGAUAUGCGCAGGCUAUGCGAAACACAGGGACGAGAAGUCGUGGAGACGCGAGAAUGGGCUUCGGCUGUGUUUAACAGGAUAAGAGGCGAGGAUGGCGGAGAGGAGAAUGAGGUCAAGAUGCUGUCAGCAGGUGUUCUCAUUAAGCUCGGAGAGGCAAUUGAGAAAUACCAGGCCCUAUUACUGGGCAAUAUGAUUGGUUUCUGA